AUCGCAGGGUUUGGGGGUGGUGGGGGGAGCAGGAAGACCCGGGACGCGCGUUUGGCCCCGCAGCGCCGCCUAGGUCGGGGCGGGCCCCGAAAAGGGACCCCCAUAGCCGCUGUCCCAAUGGGCCUGUGUUUUCCCUGCCCCGGGGAGGCUGAGCCUCCCUCGCCGGACCCGGAAGAGAAAAGAGCAAAACUUGCAGAAGCUGCAGAGAGAAGACAGAGGGAGGCUGCAUCUCGGGGCAUUUUGGAUGUUCAAUCUGUGGAAGAAAAGAGAAAGAAAAAGGAAAAAUUAGAAAAACAAAUCGCUACAUCUGGACUGCCACCAGAAGGUGGACUUAGAUGGACAGUUUCAUAAUGCACAACAUGAGUGGAAGAGUUUACUGCCAAUAACUUUAAUAUCUGCAAUCAAGUGGACUGUCUCAAUUUAAUUUCCUCUCUUUGAAUUAAAGAAGACUCAGACUAUAAUUUUAGUGUCCUUAAAUACAGUACUAAAUCUAUAUAGAAAAGAUUGUAAAUGCUUUUGAUUUUCAAACUUAGAAAAUGGUCAGACUUAUGUUUCAUUAAAUACUUAUUUUCCUACAUUUGCUGCAGACAGUGAGUAUGUGCCAUUUUUUUUAGCAGUUAAAGCAUGGACCUAAAUAGUGAAUAUACAUACAUCUGCAUGUAAAAACUCUGCAUACAUUUGUAAUAUUAAAAUUUGCAAUUAUAUUUUCUCUCCCUUAUGAAAGUAUCUAGCUAUUUAUAGUGUGCUCCUUAAGCCAUAUAUCUGUUUUUAUUUCAUUAUAUUUGAACACUUGCUUAAAGUUAUAGAUUUAGUGCCUUUAAACUGAUCACCCGGGAAAACCUUGAAAAAUCAUUUAAAGGGCUUAUGUGUAGGAACACUGUAAAUUUUUAUAGCUUAACAGGUAUUGAAUAUUUGUAGAAGAUGUUGAAUUUUCUCCUAACUUUUAUUGCUGUAGCUUAUAAAAUUAACAUAUUGUAUUUUACAUUAUACUGAAGGUUGGUUUUUUUAAAAAAUAUUUUACUCAACUUAAAAUGAUAUAAUACUGAUACCAUCAGAGGGCAGUGAUGUACUUUUGUAUAAUAUCAGAUUCCACUCUGUAAAGAUCUUUGCGGUAAUUGGCCAAGUUAAACUGAAAAUCUGGGUGGGUUAUACUGAGUGUUAAUGUAUUUGUCUAAAUUUCAUAAGCAUUUAACAUUUUUUUAUAUUUAUUAAAGAAUGAUUAUAGGAUUUAUACAGAUGUGAAAUUGGCAAGGAAAGUAUCAGCAUAUGAGAAACAUAUAGGUACUGUAUUUAAAAAGAUUUACUUCAAGCAUAAAUACUAUGAAUUAAGUCUAUGUGAUGCAUAGUCAUAAACUUAGAUUUUCAUUUAUUAGAAACACAAAUUUUAUUAUACUUUUGUGAUUUUCUGUAAUAUAUAAUAAGCCAAAAUAUAAGAAUUACUACUCCUUUUGAUCAUCUAUUAUAAUUGCUAACUCUUUUGAACGGCAAGACCACAUACUGAAACCUAAAUUAGAAUUUGCAGAUUGUAAGUGCUAAUACAGACUGUAAAUUAAUUAGACCAAGUUCACUUGAUUUAGGGCAAGGAAACUGAGCCACCAUUUCACCCAUCUCUCCCACAAGACCUUUAUUAAAUUGCAGUAUAUUGUAUGUGCUCAUUUUAGAGUUUGAACUAUAAGAGAUACAGAUCUCUUGAUUCCUCUUGGAAAAAACUACUGUUUUAAAUCAUGGUGUGAAAUAUUCUGUGAAUAUCUAGUCAAGACAUAAUUAAGCUCAAUUUUCUUCAUCCUGUUAGAAGGUUAGUAGUGUUUUUGUUAAUAAAAGAUAGUGAAAUCGUGGAAUCUUCUUUAUGAAGAUGAUUAAUUUUUCCAAGACAGAAAAGAAAAGGUGUCUUUAAUAGCUGAAUGCAUUUGGGACUAGAGCAUUCCAUCUUUGAAAUAUGUGCAAAUCUUUCUUACUAUUUUAAUAUAGUGAGAACAGUUUUACCCUUACAUCUUCAAGAAUGAGAACUUGGGUUAGUGGUCAGGGUAACCUCAGGGAUGCUUUCAUCUCUUUGAGAUAAAUGAAAACAGAGCUUAGGGCUGUUUGGUGUGUCCACACAGUCUUUGAAUUUAUAGUUAGGCAUAUUCCUUUUGUGAUACUCUAAAGGAGAAAUAUUAGUCUCUAAUUUUCUUAGAGAACAAUUAUAUCCCCAAAUACUGUGCUUAUCUACUGUUGAACCAGGAAUAUAUUGGUAUAUAGCUUUCUGGGAACAAUAGGCUAUGAUUGCAUCAGCAAAACAUGGCCUGCUUGUGUAGGUGUGAUCAGCUUUCCCCCAAAUCACAUGGGUUACAUGAACUAGGGUGAAUACCCAAAUGUUAGGAAUACUGUUAGGGAAAGGAAGGGAAAGGGGGAGACUGGAUACCUGAUAGGAAACCAGAAAUAACUACUAAAUUCAUGUAUGUAUAUAUAUAUAUAUACACACAUAUACAUACAUAUACACACAUACCCAUAUAUCAUACAUACAGGCAUCUCCCUCAUAAAAUUAUGAAUCAAUUCCUGAUGAAAACUCGUAACUGGGAGUCAAUUUGUGUAAUUUAAAUAGGAAUCAGUUUUGUUUCUUUCUGUGUCCACCCAUACUCCCAAACCAAAUUACUAAAAUAUAACUCAAACAGUAAAAUGUAUGUGUAUGAGAAAUGUUUUAUGAUGUAAAAUGCUUAAAUCAUUGUUUCUUAAUUCUAAUCAUCCAACUAUUAAUAUGGCUAGUAACAAAAAGUUGUGUAUUACUAUAGAAGCCCCUUUGUUGAUAUGCUGCAUGUUUUAAAAAUAUCUGUAUGUGAUACUGCUCAUCUCACCGAUUGUAUUUGGAAUGUAACUCAAUACUUUUCCCACAUGUGGUUUUGUUAAAAAUUCUGUAUUGCCUUUGGUAAUAUAAAUAUACAUUUUUUCUAUAUAAAAAUUGGCUUUAGCCAACUGUUUUACAGAAAAGACUAUCACCCUUGAUACUCCAGGAGAACUGACAUAAGCUUUGAAUUUUCCUUUUCUUCCCCAACAGUCUGACUUACUUCCUUUCACUGGUGAGAAUUAUGCUACACCAUUAGAAGAAAAAAGUAACUCUUGUCAGUUUUAGACUUGAAUUAUAAUUUUUACAUAAUUGUUCAGUAAGAGGUGGGUAAAUAUGCAUAUCUGAGAUUUAAUAUUUAUUCUUUAACAUCUGCUCAUGACAAGCAUUUUAAGUUCCCUUGACAACUGUAUAUGCUCUAAGCUGAUUCAUAUGUGGUAUUGGUGCCCUUUCUUUGAUUUUCUCAGAUGCCACUGACACAAGGCCUUUGUGACUAUAGCACACUUUUAUAGAAGUUUUGGCUUGACACAGACGAGUUUGUAUCCCAAAAACUCAAACACUUCAAAUUUCUCAUAUGACAUGCCUUUUAUUGUCUUGUUCUCCCUUUUCUAUUCCUGCUUCAUUUUGCAAAUAUUGCUUCUAAUUCUGAUCACCAUGGCCUAAUAAUUGAAUAUUUAUAAAUCCCUUGAUCUGGAUAUGAUACUUUUAUUAUAGCCUGAAUUGCAUGGGUUAUUUUUAGAGCACCAUACUUGUCUUUUGAGCUAAUGACUUUUGUGUUGAGUAACAGAUUAAUGUUCUCUAGUCAUAGUAACAGGUAUGAACCAUUUUUAGCAAGGAUUUCAGUCUUACUUCAAAAGGAACUAUUUAGUUUUGUACAUAAACUGUUUCUCUAGGCUAUUUCUUUGAAAUCCACCUAGUCACACAAGUCAGAAUCAAGGAGUUAUCCUAGACUCCUUAUAGGGGUAGUCAAGUUGUAAGUAACAGACGUACUUCAGGUAGUUAGAUAAAUCUAGUGUCCUGUAUAUAGAAAAAUCUCUAAAAUUUACCAGAACACAUACAGAUACACACACACACACACACACAACCUACUAGAACUGAUGUUUAACAGGGUUGCAGGAUACACAAUCAAUACACAAAAAGUCUAUUCUAUUUCUCUAUAUAAGCAACACAUAAUCCAAAAGAGAAAUUAGAAAACAACUCCAAUCACAAUAGAUCAAAAAGAAAAAAAUACUUAGAAAACAAGUGAAAGGUCUGGACAUUUAAAACUAUAAAAAUUGCUGAGAGAAAUAAAAGUUCUAAAUGGUGAGACAUUCCGUAUUCAUGGAUAGGAAGACUCUAUUGUCAAGAUGGUGGCUCUCAAUUUGAGCAAUAAAUUCAGCAAAAUCCUCUCAAACUGCUUUUUAGAAAUUGAUGAUUCUAAAAUUUAUUUGGAAAUGCAAGACCUAGAAUAGCCAAAAUAAUUUUGAAAAAAAAGAACAAACCAAGAAGAUGUAUAUUACCUUAUUAUAAGACAGUAUAAAACUACAGUAGUCAAAAGUGUGUUAUUGGCAUGAGGAUAAAAAUUCUAGAGCUAUGGGACAAAGUAGAAAGUCCAGAAGUAAACUUUUACAUUUAUGGUCAGUUCAUUUUCAAUGAAGUUGUCAUAAAACUUCCAGGAGAAAACAGGAUAAAUCUUAAUAAUCUUGAGUUAAAGAUUUUUACAUGAUACCAAAAGUACAAAUCAUAAAAGAUGAAAUUGAUGAACUUCGUAAAACUUAAACAUUUGUGCUUCAAAAGCAUCAUUAAGAAAAUGAAAAGUCAAACCACAGAGUAUGAGAAAAUAUUUAAAAUUAUGUAUCUAAUAAAUAACUUGUAUCUAGAAUAUAUAGAACAAUAUAUAUAUCUAGAAUAUAUAGAAUAUAUAGAACAACUCAAAUAAUGCAACCCAGUUUAAAAGUGGGUAAAAUAUUGAAUUGACAUUUCAGCAAAGAAACUAUAGGACAGGCUAAAAAUUAGCAAAUGGAAAGGUGCUUAGUAUCAUUACUCCUUAGGGAAAUGCAAAGUAAAAUCCAAAAUACCAGUUCCCUCUACCCAGAAUGACUGUAAUAAAAAAGACUGACAAUAUCAGUUGUCAUACAUUGCUGCUAUAGCCGCUUUGGAAAACAGUUUGGCAAUUUCUUAAAAAAGAUGAACAUGAACAAGAACCUAAAACAUUACUCCUUGUACAUACACAGACUUAUAUGUGAAUGUUUAUGGGUGCAUUGUUCAUAGAGCCAAAAUCUGGAAAAAAUUUUCAAUGUCCAACUAACAAAUGAGUAAACAAAAUGUGUUAUUAUCAGUGCAAUGGAAUACUGUUCAGCAAUAAAAAAGGAACAAACUACUGAUCCAUGCUACAGUGUGGAUGAACCUCAAAAACAGAAAACACACACACAAAAGAUCACAUGAUUCCUUUUAUAGGAAAUUUCCAGAAAAUGCAAAUCUAUACCUAAGUGGUUACCUGGGGCUGUGGGUGGGAGCAGAAAUUAACUCAAAUGGGAACAAGGGAAAUUUUCAUGGUAAUGAAAACUUCUAAAACUAGACU